GAUGACCUACUUAGGUACUGGAAUUUCUCGUAUAUCAUACGUAUCUAUGACAAUUUAAAAACAUGGCUACCAUGUGAAAAAUGGAUUGGUUGGUUUAUACUGUUUGCAUGCUGUAAACAACUUUCUAUUUAAUUUAUCACGGAUAGUUUUGUGUUUUGCGUUGUCGACGUAAACGAAUCGCCGAUUCGAAGAAACCUUCCUAGUAGACUGGAGCUGAAUCGAGGGACCCAUUAAGAACGUCAAAUAAUUGUCGGAAGUGAAAGCCGCGUGAAUUCGCAAUAGCACAGAUUCUAUGUUUCCCCCACGAACGAUUAAUAUUCCGUUCUCUUCUGUUAUCCGGAAAAAAAUUGCUGCCAAAACUCAGAUGCAAUUAAGAAAGUUCUAAGAACUAGGAUGUAAGGAUUUAUACAUUUGCAAAAAUACUGAUCUCCGAUAAACAUCCACAUGGAUACUGACUUUAAUACUAUUAUUCAUCAUCCAAGAACCAUCAUUCACUUGGAUGUUGACUGUUUUUAUGCACAAGUAGAGAUGGUUAGGAAUCCGGAAUUGGAGGGAAAGCCACUAGGUGUUCAGCAAAAAAGUAUAGUGGUUACCAGCAAUUAUCUGGCGAGAGACUAUGGAAUAAAAAAAUGUAUGUCAGUGCAAGAAGCUUUGCGUCUCUGUCCAGAACUGGUUUUGGUAAAUGGUGAAGAUUUAACACACUAUCGUCAUUAUUCUAAUAAAAUAUCUGAAAUUUUGCAUCGAUUUACACCAUUGGUGGAAAGACUGGGCCUUGACGAUAAUUUUCUUGAUGUGACAUCAAUAGUAGAGAAACAGCUUAAGUCUCAGAAUGAUUCAGAGUGCGAUAUGAACAGUUUGCACACAGACGAGGAGCUAAAGGAAUCAGAUAGUAAGAUAUUUGGGCCUUCGGAUGAGGAAUGCCCAUGCGAUUGUCAUACACGUUUGAUGAUUGGCUCCAAGAUAGCAGCUGAAAUACGGAAUCGUAUUUAUAACGAAUUGCAUCUUACUUGUAGCGCUGGAAUAGCGCACAAUAAGCUUCUGGCGAAAUUGGCAGGAUCGCUAAAUAAACCAAAUCAACAGACAUUGGUAUUUCCAUGCAGCGGCCCAAUGUUGCUCUCCGCAAUAGGCUCUGCAUCUAAGAUACCUGGUGUUGGACAGAAGACCACGGAAUUAUUGUUGUCAAAUAACAUUAAAACAGUAGAUGAUCUGCGUAAAAUAUCUCUGGAAAAUCUAGAAUUAAAAAUUGGCGUUGAUUUAGCGAGAAGAUUGAAAGAUAAUGCAGAAGGAAUUGAUGAGACAGCAGUAAAACCAUCUGGAAAGAAACAAUCCAUAGGUUUAGAAGAUGGAUUUAAAAGCGUGUCGCUGGUGGCGGAGGUAGAGUCAAGAUUAGGCGCACUAUUGAGGAGAUUAACAGAGUUAGCAAUGGAAGAUGGUAGAAUUCCUAUUGCUAUGAGAAUAACAGUGCGAAAGCAUGAUUUGAACAAACCUACUUCCGGUAAGAGAGAAACUAGACAAUGUGCGCUGCCGAAACAUCUUUUACCGUCCACAAAAACCGGCGUGUACGAUCAUAGUAAAAUGUUGACCCUCUCCAUGAAGCUAUUUCAUCGAAUAGUUGACGUUUCAAAGCCAUUCCAUUUAACAUUAUUGGGAGUUGCAUUUACUAAAUUUGAAGAGAGAUCAUAUGGCAGGAGCAGCAUUACAUCCUUUUUGCGCAAGCAGGUUGCCGUCCAUUCCGUUUUGGAUAUAAGUUCCGAAGAAGGCAUCGCAGAAAUGAAUGUGGGAUCACCGAUGAGUAUCAAUCAAGAUAGUAAUGAUAGCUCCGAUCAAUCAGCGACGAGCUUGAUGAAUACUUCUGCGUCAAGUCUCUCAUGUUCACCGAUUUCUAAGUUGUCAGGUAUAGCAGCCAGUCAGAAUACAGAGGACGAUUUGCAAAACGAGGUGGAACCAUUACCGAAAAAGACCAAGUUGGAGGUAUGGUUGAGCGGUCGUCGAGAAUCGCCGAGUAAUGAAAUGGCUUGUCUUAGAUUGAGUCCGUCAUCACCUAUGCAGUUGUCGCCUACAGUGGAUACUACGGUUUUCAAGACUCUGCCUAUCGAGAGGAGGGAUGUGACGCGUUCUUGGCCGACAACCAGUAAACCGAAACCAAACAAUAUAUAUAAAUUUUUUACCAUAGCCAAUAAGUGACAGAGCUCUGUGACUUAGUAUUGAAUAUCAUUGCUCUUAUAUAUGCGCCUGAAUUGAACAUGAAAUGCCAGCACCGGGAUCUUUAAUUUUCAGUGCUCUUCUAGGGUGCUAGAUUUUAAAAUGUAAAAUGAGAAAGUAGUAUUAUAAUAUAGAACUUAUAUAGGCUUUCUGUUCUAAAUAAGAUAAUUUGAAAAUACUCGCAGCGCCCACAAAUAGUUACAGAAGAUCUAAUACUUUGUUACGUUAAUAGUAGAAACAGAAAAUUAUACUAUUAAUGUUAUUAAAAUCAAGAUGUGCGUUAUCAUUACAAGAUAAUUACUUCGAAUAUUUUCUUUAAAUCUUACUUUGGAAAUAAAGCCUGAUUUGGACAGUUUUUUUUCUUAUUUAAUACUCAAAGUUUAUGCCCUGAGGUUUUGACAUACAAUUAAAUGCAAUUAAGAAUCAUUCCAUAUAAAUUCAUUUUUUUUCUCUUUGUCGUAUGCGUUUUUAAUUUCUCGGGCUAAAUGCAGCUGCAGAUCUUACAUGACAAAAGAUAUCUGUGUUCAAUUGCAUUUAACAUAUAUUUUUGUAAGUUUUUUUUUAUAUAUAAUAUAUAUACGAUUUUCGUGCGCUGUUAGCAAGAACAUAGAUAUAAUGAGGGCAUAUAUGUAGUUUUUUUAGCAAUAGUUGUUACUUUUUAUUUUCGACAGCAACAAAGAAAAGUAUUGUGAUUACAUUUUGGGUUAUUGUUAAUUACAAUUACUUUGCUAAUAUUAUUUUAUCAGAGAAAUAUGCUUCAAAAAGCUAUUGUAAUCCUUUAAUUCGUAUUUAUUCAAAAGAUUUUACUUAUAAUUGAUUACUUAUAACUGAAAUAAAUUUUUUUUUAGAAAAAAAGUACCAAAUACAAUUUAUGUUACCGAAAAUACUUCAGUUUUCACAUUUUUUAUUGCUACCAUUGUUUUCAUACAUAUAAUUCAAAAUACGAACUGUAUUCAUUUACUAUUAUGUACAUGAUUUUCAUAUAAACGUAUUAAACAGGUGGUGUUAUAGAAUUAAA